AUGCGUUGGGAAUUUAAAAUUAAUAAUCCUUAUGAAAAUCGUCGUGCUGAAGGCGAACGUAUUCGUCGUGAAUAUCCUGAUCGAUGUGCAGUUAUUGUUGAACGUGCACCAAAUUCUCGUAUUCCAGAUUUGCCAUCAAAGAAAUAUUUAGUGCCUAAUGAUCUCACCGUUGGUCAAUUUUAUUUUCUGAUUCGUAAACGUAUUCAGCUUCGACCUGAGGAUGCUCUAUUUUUCUUUGUCAAUAAUACUAUUCCGAGUACAUCGAUGACAAUGGGUGCUCUUUACAAAGAACAUGCGGAUGAAGAUAAAUUUCUCUAUGUAGUUUAUAGUGACGAAUCAAUUUAUGGAUAA